AUGUUUGGCCUGCAGCACCUCUUCUGCUGGGUGCCUAGGCGGCGAAAUAUACGCAGAGAGCGGCAUGGAAGCACUGAGCAGGAUCCUGGAGCAGGAGGGGAGAAGCGGCGGCGGCGGCGGCACAUCCGCAGAUACAUACACGCCAAGGCCGGCGGCCUAGGCGACGCAGACGGCAGCCAGGCCAUCAGCCCGGUCUCGGGGGACGGCCGUCUUUCCAUGGCCUUUAGCGAUACAGAGUAUCACGAUGCGGUGGAGUGGCACGAGGGCGACGCCUCCUUCACCAGCCGCUCCUCAGCCGACGACAGCCACCUGAGCUCCCCCACCGGCUCCUACGCCGACGGCCAGCAGCCCGCCUCGCCCACCGUCUUCUCGCGGCUGGCGACGUGGUGGGAGGGGCGGCGCGCCUCGGGCCCGCACCAGGCCCAGGGCUCGCCCGGCGCGGGCGACGAGGUCACGCCUCGCUCCGGCGCCUCCCACCCGCGCAGCUCCUCUGUUGGCUCCCCCAGCACGCCGCCCGUGCCCGCGGACGAGAUCAUAGAGCCCUCAGCAGACGGCAAGAUCGGCUGCAUGUCACUCUUCACGGUCGCCUCUGCGGGCCUCGCGCACAAGAAGUUCCUGCGCCUCGGCAAGCCCGCGGCGGGCAGCUCAUUCCGGAGCGCGGCGGAGGAGCGGGGCGGGGAGGCGACCCCCGCCACGCCACCGCAGCUGCACCCGCCGCCGCAGCGGCAGUCGGUGGUUGACAAGCUGCAAAAGUCUGUGGAUGAGGAGACUGGCAGCUGCGCGGCGGCCUGGGAGCCUGCGGAGGGGACCACCUUCCAAGUGCGCAGCCAUGGCUACAUGCGCAGCAAGAAGAAGGAGCCCAGCGGGCCCUGCAUGCUGGUGGGGGUGGACGUGUACUCGUUUGAUUUCAAGCUGUACCACAUCGCGCAGCAUGUGCAGCUACCCGAGGUGCCGGUGGUGGGGCCGGCGGCGCAGGCGCUACCAGCCGACCAGAAGCUGCCGCCGCUGCUCAUCAUCAAUAUGCAGCUGCCCAUGUAUGGGGUGGAGCAGCCGGCAGCGCUGGCGCUGGUGCAGCGCUUCAUGCACAACAGGCGCGAGCUGGACGGCACCCCCACCCGCGACCGCUUCAAGCUCAUCCCCCGCAUCGUCAACGUCGACGAGUGGGCGGAGAAGGGGCCGCUGUCAGGCUACGAGCACCGGCUGCUGAUGAAUUACAACGACAAGCCGCUGCUGACUCGCCCGCAGCAGCGCUUCUACACUGGCCCCCACUACCUGGAGAUCGACCUGGAUGUGCACAGCUACGCGUUUGUGGCGCGCAAGGCCUUCCACGGCUACAUCCAGCGCCUGGCCCCCGUGGUCUUUGAGAACGCGUUUGUGGUGCAGGGCAACCGGCCCGAGGAGCUUCCUGAGCAGGUGCUGGCGGCGGCGCGCGUGUACCGAGUAGAUUUCACCAAGUCCCGUCCCUUCCCAGCCAAGUCGCUGGACGAGCUGGGCAAUGGCACGGGCCCGGCGCACGACGGCGAGGCGGCGCGGCGGUGA